CCUAUGUCUAUAUAAACCGCUCUAUCCGUACCCAAAUCCUAGAUCCUUUGCCACUAGUUAUGAGGUCCCUUCCAUAUUGCUGAUGACACCUACUAUCCCCUGCUAAAAUCAAGCGAUUCUUGAUUCAAUAUCGGAUCUCCCAUAUUAUUGCCGGCGCCCUUUUGUGUUUUGUCACGUCUCUUCUCUUAUUUAUCGUUAGAUCCAGUUAUUUGUUCAUAUAGAAGUGUUGGUACGGGUGUUAUUUGAGCAAUGGAUUUAUUUAUAGUCUUUCUCGCCAGUUCUCUCGCACUCGCUAAUGCCGAGUUGUCCUAUAAUGUCUCUAGCUCUAUGACCAUAACUCCUGGCCCCGAAUCAUCGUGUUCAGCUAACUGCUCAGUCGGCCCACCUGACCUUACCUCUUGGGUAUGGGUGCCGGUUACAAUCACUAGGAACAUUACUCUGGCCACGGUUAUAUAUAUCGUGAACAACCGCACGAACACGACGAAGACCACAACUAUAACGAACACGUUACCCGCGGAUAUUACACCCCCGCCAACCAAUGUAGGGGGGACCGUUGUCAAUACGUUCACCUACGAAGGGUAUAAUGGGGUUAAUACAACGAAGGUUAUCACCUAUCCGUCCCUUUGGUGGGACUAUAACGAGUCGUAUUCCUGGGGGGGGACCCUUAAUAUAUCGUCGACGACAUCGGGAGGUCUAAAGGAUACCGCCCCAAUAUGCAUUACAGCGCCAGAAGGGGGUACCACCCUAACACUGAAAUCUCAUCCGCCAUACCCAGGGGUAACUGAUUAUUAUACCUGGCUAGAGGACGAAGUUCUUUGGGAAAGCUGUAUGUCAUCUGCAUAUGGACCAUCUAUCUCCGCCUGGCCGGUUGGCUCCGAUGCUACUACCUGUUUGCCCGUCUUGUCGACCAUCAGACACAAGUAUCCUAAAUCUGACGACACUCUUGGACUUACGUAUACCUUGGUCGAAAAGUGGGAGAGGAAUGGACUCGGGUUAUAUACCGAGCUCUUCCCAGAGCUGGCAACCUAUACCGACUGUAAUCAGACUGGAGUCCAUCCUGUCCAACCUAUUCAUACCGUCGGCUUCCUAACCGAGACGAGCGUCAGCUUCGACGACUCCAUCGAACCAACGCCUCCAGGCAACUCGGAGAAUCCCGGUCCUGAGCCUACACCACUGCCGCCAACAGUCGUACCACCCCAACCCGAGCCAACACCUCAGCCUGAACAACCUACACCAUCGCUGCAGCCCGAACAACCUACACCAUCCCCCCAGCCCGGACAACCCGCCCCAUCCCCCCAGCCCCAACAACCCUCUCCCAGCGACGACGUCGGCAGCAUCAUCGCCUCUCUCCUCAACCCCGGCGGCAACCCAAACCCGCCCGCCAACUCCGUUCCAGCGCAACCCGCCGCAGAACCAGCAUCCAACGCCCCCGCGAACCCAGGGAACGAUGCCGGGAUCCCUCCCGGAGCUGCACUCGCUGCACCCGCUGCACCCGCUGCGCCGGGCGCUGCGGCACCGAGCGAUUCGCUGGCGGGGUUCAUCAUUAGUGCGAUUGGUGGAGAGGCGCCGGUAGCUGGAGCUACUCCUGGUACUGGAUCAGGAUCGGGAUCUGGACAAGAGAAUCCAGGGAUCCCAGCCGGCACUGGUAGCGGAAGCGGUACUGGCACUGGAAGUGGCUCUGACAGCGGAAGAGGCACUGGCAGUCGCACUGGUAGCGGCAUUGGAAGCGGUACGGGCAGUGGAAACGGUUCUAGCGGCACAAGCGGCGCUCCAGCAGGCGGCGCUAGUUCUACCGGCAGCCCAUCCAACGGAACCAGCAAUCCUUCAACUUCGCGACCUACGGCACCCUUGACCAAACCGUCGGGUGCAGCGUCGCGGGGCGUGACGAUGGGAUACGGAACGUGGUCGUUCUCGUUUCUUUCGCUGCUAUUUAGAGCGUGGUCGGUGUGAGUGAGGAAGCGGAGGAAAGAGGAGGUAUUUUGAGAUCUUGUUGAUGGAAGUAUUAUAAUACGGGGGAUUAUUUCGAGCGGGGGAUAAUUAAAGGGAAUGGCGGAUAACGUGGUAGAGCAUUAUAUUGAAGUCGUACGCGCUUAGACUGCUCAUGAUAGAGAGGAUAA